CAGAGAGCAAAAACACAAACAAACACUAAUCACAUUUAGCAAAACCAGUCGUGUUCUUGUAAGAAGUUUUUUGUUUCACAAGCAAACCAAAAGAAAAAAACAGAGGAUAUGGCGUCAGGACAGAAACAGGCGGAGGCGGCGGCAGCAGCAAAGAGUACGGAGAGGGCCGAGACGGCGGCAAGGCCGGCGGCGGAUGAUCUCCGAGACGUGAACCAACACGGCGGAGAAGUGAGGUACACUGUGACGGAGAGGAUGACGGAGCAUCCGCCGGAGCAGCAGAAGUCCGGCGUGAUUGGGUCGGUCCUGAAGGCGGUGCAGGGAACGUACGAGCACGCAAAGGAUGCCGUCUCCGGAAAGGGCCACGAGGCGGCGGAGAAAGCGGAGGAGGUGAAAGACGCCACCGCUGAGAAGGCCGGAGAAGUGAAGGAUCGGACAGUGCAGAAGUCGAAGGAGACGGCCGAUUAUACAGCAGAGAAAGCCAGAGAAGGUAAAGACAAGACGGCCGACAAGAUGGGUGAAUACAGAGAUUACACGGCGGACAAAGCGAGAGAGGCGAAAGACAAGACAGCGGAGAAGAUGGGUGAAUACAAAGAUUAUACGGCGGAUAAGGCGAGAGAAGCUAAGGACAAGACGGCGGAGAAGACGGGCGAAGCGGCGGAGAAGGCCGGAGAAUAUAAAGAUUACACGGCAGAGAAGGCGACAGAAGGUAAAGACGCCGGAGUGGGUAAGCUCGGUGAGCUGAAAGACAGUGCGGUGGACACAGCGAAGAGGGCGAUGGGUUUCUUGUCGGGCAAGAAAGAGGAAACCAAGCAAACAGCAGUCGAAGCAAAGGACACAACCAAGGAGAAAUUAAGCGAGACGGGGGAAGAGGCAAGAAGGAAAAUGGAGGAGAUGAGAUUAGAGGGUAAGGAAGAGGCAGGAAAAGCUUAUGAAACCAAAGAUUCCGCCACAGAAAGGGCAAACGAAGGAAAAGGAACGAUAAUGGGAGCGAUAGGGAGCGUGACCGGGGCGAUCAAGAGCAAACUAGCCAUGCCCUCCGGUCAGGACGAGGGUGACCGGACGGGCAGCAGGAGGACGACCGUGGAAGUGAAUGUGAAGGAGCCGGUGGCCGAGUCUCUCAAGGCCUCGGAUCAGAUGACCGGUCAAGCUUUCAACGACGUUGGAAGAUUGGACGAGGAAGACAAAGAGGGCAAGGGCAAAGUCAAGCUGUGAUCUUUUAUUUACUUGUUCAUGCUCUUUUCUUGUGUAAUCUUAUAAUUUACUUUUUUUUUUGUGUUGUUGGUUGUAAUGGUUUUUUGUAAUAACAAAGCGUGUUCCCACCUUCGAGGAGGUGGUUUUCUCCUCUAA